AUGGCUCAGCCUCCCCACACAAAAUCUCUACCAGACUGGAGCUCCGGCCUGCCGGAGGAGCUCCUCGAGUCCAUCGGGAAGCAUCUAGCAUCCGGCCAUGACGCGGCGUCCUUCCGAUCCACGUGCUCCCCAUGGCGCGACGUCGUGCCUUUCAAGAGCUUCGCACCGCUACUGCUACUCCCAUUCAGCCCCGAGUCGGAGAACGUCACCUUCUACAGUAUGUCAGAGGAGAUGGUGUUCUCCUUGCUGCUCCCACACGUGCGCGGCAAGGUGCCGUGUGGCUCAUCGUGUGGGUGGCUGGCGCUGAUGAACGAGGCAGCAUCCGUGAUGCUAUUGAACCCCUUCACCGGUGCUCGUGUCGUGCUUCCGCCGCCUGAUGAGCAUGUCGCAGCGGCGUCAUUGACACAUGUGUCGAAGGUGGACGGCCGGUGGGUGCUCCAUCCCGCCAAUGACUAUGAAAACACGCUUGCUUCCCAUGCCGUCAAGCUAGACGAGAUGAGGAAAGUGUUUUUCCAUGAGAUCGUGCUCUCCUCGCCGCCUGACGUAGAUGGCCGGGAGUGCGUGGCCAUGGCAGUGCUCGCGAGCUCCACGGAGGUUGCAUUCUGCCGGGUUGGGGUUGACAGCACGUGGACGCUGCUCGACACCUACCUGGAAUGCUCUGUGGACUCCAUCGUCCACUUCCAAGAGAGGUUCUUGGCAGUCGACUGCAUCGGAGAGAUCUCCAUCUGCGGUAGCAUCACUGCAGGUGCAAUUCCAACCGUGAUGUUGAUGCCAUCGUUGUCGCCACCAGAUGAGCUCUGUCAUCGAAGCUACUUGGAAUCAGAUAAUGAAUUGUACCUAGUCGGCGCCAUUUUGAGCAGCACGUGCCAUAGGACACGACGCUUUACCUACCACACCAUGAUCUACAAGUGCAACCUCCUUGACCGGACACCAGUGUGGUCCAGGGUGGAGGACGUUGGCGACGUAACACUAUUCAUAUCGAAGGAAUUCAGUGACAACUUCAGUGGAACAAGCGUCUCCAAGUACAGGAGGAACAACAUCUACUUCUCUGAGCCUUUGUAUGAGGAUCAAAACGAUUGGAAGCAUCGUUUGGAGAUUGUUGACAUUGCCACUGGCACAUCAGAAGUGCUGCCUUUCCUCGAGAAGAUGCAGCGUUCAGAGGCUCUAUGUUGGAUUAGACCUAAUCCUUGGAAGAGAGGUGGGCUGUCAAAGUGCAACGUUGAAGAACCGCAACAAGAACCAGCUCCCAGCAUGCUAGGCCUGCCCGAACCCGAACCUGAACCUGAACCUGCAGGAGAAGUCGUCAAAGCUGAUGUGGUUCAGAUCAACAGCACUUAG